CUGCUAAGAAAGCACGUUCCUAACUUUUAUCAUACCUAUAUCGCAAGUAUUUUAAAUUACUUAUUUACAUUUUCAAUUGUCCUAGUUUUAAUCUAUAAAAUAAAAUCACAAACUGUCUCGAAUACCGAUUUACGUCGUGCUAACUAAAGUUGCAUUGUUCCAUUCAGUUUAUUUUAUAGUCCAGAUUCAUUAAUUAAAAUAAUACAAAUGCAUACGAUACCGUCCUUAAUAUUUAGCAGACUGUUUUACUCUUUCACGCAACAAUAACCACACGGCGACAUUAAUUAACUAACCACGUAUUCAUAAACGUCAUCAUCACAUCCAGCAGUACAACUAACUCCUGCUGAAUUAUGGCAGCAGUUAUAAUAACGAUGACAAAGUUCUUAUGCAAGCAGUUCAUUGCUGUUUCGUAGUGACUUGAACAAUAAAAUGUGUGGUGCAAAGCAAAAAGUAAGCCCGAAGUUUCGCCUUAAACAGCGUCGCUAAAUAAUAACCAUCUUAUUGCAACGUACUUAUAUCGUAAUAAUCAUAUAACAUUUGCAUGUUACAAGCAACAAACGUAUAGUGAUGCUUUGCUGGUUGAAGGUUAUCGGUAUACCUCGCCUCCUUCACUGUGAGCAAACCUUAUCACUUAUUAUUAUAUUCAGUAUAACAUUAUAUUAAACUAAAAUUAAAUAUUGUGUGUGAGAUAGCUUGCGAUACGACAAACAUUCCUAAAUUAUUAAUAAAACACAAGUGACAUUGAUCCCCUGCGAAUUUCUGAGCAAUGUUAUUACACAAAUAUCAGAAAUAAUAAUAAUAAUGAAGCACUAUAAUAGUGAAACAUUUACAAAAUAAUUCCUACUUUUGUAUUGUGGGUGUUAUGAUCAUAAAUCAAUAUCAAGUGACAAUUAUCUGAGCGGAAAACUACGGCCAAAAACCACAAGGGUUCGUUAUAAAAUAAAAUAUGCAUCCAUCCCUCGUCAUGUCUAUUUCCAAGAAAAUAUUAUCAGAUUAAAGCUUUAGCCCAAAUAAAUACUGACACAAAAGGUGUUUACAUAUUUAUCAAUGCACAUAAAACAAAAGUAACUAAAAUAAUAAUAAUAAUAUACCAAUCAUCAUCACUCCACUCGACUCCAGAGAAGGGAAGCUUGUGUCAAUAAAGGUUCCGAGUGAGCGUCGUGUCAAUAAAUAAAAUUCAGUAGUUGACUUUGACCAUAAUUCAAUUUACUUAAUCGUUCGUAUAUACCCAAUUUUAUGACUUGGACAACCUGCGUUGUUGGUUUGGUGGGUCGCAAACUAAUGGUUCAUAUCGUCCAGAAAUUAAAAGUUCAACCCGCAAUACCAAUACCACAUAAAUUCAUGCAUACACACACGUACAUAAGAAGUUAAACUGCGUGCUUUACAAGUUUUUCUGUUCGACAUAAAAUAAUUGCCACUCAUUUAACCAUAAUUUUCGCUCUUGGUCAUGAAUUAAAUUUUAGUCAAUGUUUGCUGGCCAAGCUUUGAGUUCCACUUUUGCAUCUAAUUUAGACCUCUAUUUAUUCUGCGCCAUUAACUGUAGUCACCUCUUCUCUUUAUCGUAAAAUUGCCUCACAAUUCAAUUACUGCAAAAAACCAUGUUGUAUAUCUUAUCUAUUUCCAGUCUCUGAAAUCAAAUCUCACCGAGUAAAUGCCCUUCCAUCCACACAACUUUGUGCGUGAUACUGCUUGCAAAAAGGUGAAAAAGUCAACUUUGCAAUAUUUUGCAUCGUCUCGUCUCAUCCCUUCAACUCGUGGUCACUAUUUAUUUACUAAUUUUAAGACCGAGUGCACAAAUUAAUCAAUCAGAUCAGUUAACGAAUUAUUAUUUGCUGUCAAAAUAUUUCGUGGUAGUCAAGUGUUGUGCACCAUCCAUCCGAAGAGCUUCUACCCUGAUAAAUCCAUACAUACGUACAUAAAUACAUAAAAGAACGUGCUUUGGAACUGACAUUUCACACGUAAUCAGAACUGUGAACUGUGAUUGUAAAUUAUACAAUUUCGAUGAAUUUCAUACGACAAAUAUAAAUAUUAACGAGUUCCACGUACAUAUUCACGAUCAAAUUGAUUCUAUUUUACAUCUGCCGACAAUAAAAUAAUUUCAUGAACGACAAGCUGGGACGAAAUCCCAUGAUUUUUGGACAGAUUCACGAGACGCUUUGCUCUAUUAGUUACACAUAAAAAUCUGUGAUCAAUCUACACGAUUUAUCUGAAUGAUAAAUAGUGUAUAGUGCUUCGUAUUGGUGAGUAAGUUAUUAAGCGAUUAUCUGCAGUCACUUGUCAUUAGUCAUAUCAUUAUUAUUAUCGUCGUCGACCUCCCGUGUCGUGUGUGCCACUUACUCAUCACCAAUCACCCCAAUAAUACAUACAUAAUUGUGAACUGGAAUUGCUACAAUAGACAAUAAUUAUAGUGCGUAUUUUACUUUUGAUCGUAAUCUGUACUGUACUUGAGACGAGUAAUUAUACACAAAUCUAAAUCCAAGAUGAACAACGGGAAUAAAAUCAUUAGCUCAAGACAUGCACUAAACGGAAUAUUAUCACCCACAAUAUUGACAUUUUCCCUGCUCCUGUUAAGUUUGUGCUUCUUAAUAACUUCGUCCUCAUCAGUUGUACAUUUUCAAGCGAAAGGUUCCCUAGAUUCGGACGAAAAUAUUGGAAAGGGGAUUGACGAGUGGCCAAAUUCUGGUGGAGGUGAAAGCAAUUCUACACUAACUGAGGAUCACCCUAGUCAAGAAGAAAAUGCCACAAACUACUCUUCGUCAGCAACCAAUAGUUCUUUGCUAACGAAAGUGUUAACCGAGGAUGAAGAGGAGGACCAAAAAUGGCACGAUGGAAAUGAAGAGAGGAGAAGUAGCACUCGAAUUGCAGCCGUGGCCGUGUACGGCAGCGUCAUUCUCAUCGCGUUGUUUGGAAUUUUAAUCAAGUACUUUGUCACGCAGUAUGAAACACUUCAAGCCAAAGCUCAAUUAGAAUACCAGCAACUCCGCAACGUCCCUUGUCACUGAUAAAACGAAUCUCAUCAAUCAAUUUGGGAAUAAUUGUCCGUUUGUGAUAUUGUUUGCUUCAGUUAUUAAUAAAAAGUACCUAAAUUUGUAGGUACUUGACAUGUUGAAAGAAAGAAGACUGUUUAAAGUUAGUGAGGUCAAGUUAAGUUCAUAUUUUAAUAUAAUCACGUACAUGUAUAUGUUAGAUAUUGAUACCGUAAUUAAAGUAUUUAUGUAGAUGAUAAUAAAGGAAUUUGCUAAAAGAU